GUAAUUGUUUGUUAAUAUAUUACUCACAGAUGAUAGUUAUAUCAAGUGUUUUUAAAAUUGUUAUAACCAUAAAAAGUAUAGUAUUAUAAUUAAAGUGGACUAUUUCGUUAAAUCAUUAUUUUCUAUUUUUUUAAGUUAUUAUCAUGAAAAGAUUAUUUAUUAUAUUUGUUUUAAUUUAUCUUAAUGUUCCUGACCGACAAUGUAUGAUACCUAAUAAUAUUCUUGAAGUCGAUACUUUUGGUGUACCGUCACCUUACGAGUUUUUAUGGAUAACAACUAUGUCAUAUUGUAAUGUACAUUAUUUGACGUAUAAUAUGUUUAUUCGAGUUGGAGUGCCAGUAAAAAAACCAAUAUAUUCUAAUGAUGAUAUAGCGGCUUUUCUUAUACCUGAUAAUAUAGAUGAUUGGUCAGACGAAACAGUCUUAGACUUGCCAUACAAAUUUUUAAAAUUGAGGGAAGCUUCUCAAAUUAUCGAAAGUUUUGUUUUUGAAAUUAAGGAAUAUCAAAAUGUUACAGGAGCUGAAGAUAAAAUCACAGGAUUAAAAAUAUGGGAGUCAGUUGAAGAUAAUUUUGUCAAUUUCAUGAACAAUAUUUACAUUUUAUCAAAUCAAGUGAAUCAAGUGAUAUAUGAAUUGAAUAUGGAGCAACAAACCGUAUAUACCACGGACUCGUCAACUAUGAUGUACUUAUACUUAGAUAUUUUUGAUCAAAUGGUUGAUAUAAUGUCAGAAAGCAUUGUACCAUAUCAAAAUGCAUUUAACUUCCUUGAAAAAUAUAAUUCAAAAAAUAAUGAAGAAAAAAAUAUUAAGCAAGAAUUUAAAAACGAAAAUAAUCCAAAUUCACAUGAAUAUACUCGAGUAAAGUUGGUUGAAGUAUAUGAUUUGUAUAUAAAAGCAUUAAGAAUAUUUUACAAUUCGAUUGACAUACAAUUUUCUGGAUUACAUUUUAUAACAUGGUAUGACUUAAAUUCAUCAAAGAGUAUUUUUGAUUAUAAAGCAUCACAACUUUUAACAUAUAUUAUAAAAUUAAGAGAGUAUGUUCAAGAAGCGUAUAAAUAUAAUCAGGCAAAUAUACCAAAAUUAACAUCAAAAGUUCAUGAGUAUGUUAUUACAAAUUUGUAUAAUAUUUUUGGAUUAAUAAAAUCACCUCUACAAAAAAUUUUAAAAAAUGAAGAUUUAAUUAAAUAUGAUGUAUUAUCAAAUUCUAUGAAUGAUGACACAAUAUUGAUAAAUGAAUUAUUAAAUUCUAAAAACAAAGUUUUGACUGUUGAACGAAUUCAAAAUAUUCAAUUAAAUUGGAAUGAUAGCAAUUUAGAAAUUAUUGCUAGAGACAUAUUAAAUAAAUAUAAUACAUCAUUAUGUGAUACCAAUGUUAAUCACAACACAAAAUUGAUGUAUUGGGUAGAACAAAUGUCAAUUGACGAACAAAAAAGUAAUGUGCUCGAAUCAUCAAUUUAUGCAAUGAUAAUAAUAAAAAAUUUAGAAAAUGUUGUUCUGUCUUAUAUUGAAAAUAAUUCUGAUAUAAACAAAGAAGAAAUUAUUCAAAAUCUUAUAGAAGAUGUGGAUCAAAAAUUAAAUGCCAUUUACAAAUACACUAUAUAUUCAAUUUCAGACAACAACGAAAAUAUAAUACCUGACUUAUGGAUCUAUAUAAAAAACCAAGAGAACAAUAUUUUUAAUAUAUUAGAUUGGUUAAAUAAAAAUGUUUCUAAACUAAUACUCCCAUAUUGGCCAAACGAUGUCGCAUGUAAUGAAAUUUAUAUAAAAAAUAUAAUACAAUUAGCAUCUGUAUCUUCAUACAUGCUAUAUGAUGUAACGCUAACAAGUAUGCAUCGGGCAUUGGAAAAAAAUGAAAUUGAUAAUGAAAUAGAAGAGUUCAACGCUUUGUUUAUACUAGAAGAUCUUGAACGUACUAAACAGAUCUAUAAAAAUGUAAUACAAAAUAUUAAAAAUCUUGCUAAAAUUAAUACGUUGUAUAUAAAAUCAAAUAAUUUAUUAAACCAAAAUUUAAAACACAAAGCAAUAAAAGAGUUAGCUAAGUCUAUAAAGUAUAAAAUAUUUGCAUUAACUGAGUUACUAAAACCAGCCUUUCGAAAAACAGAAUAUUACAAUCUAGUAGAACCAGAAGAUAAACAGGAAUAUUCAGAACAUUUUGAUAAUAUGCAAAAAACAUUCUUCAGUUAUUUUGGAAAGACAACAGAUUUAAAGAAUAAAAAAGGAACUGCAAUUGAGCUGAUAAAAAAUAACGAACAUGAAAUAAUAUCGAUCUAUAAUAAACUCCGAUAUAAAAAUAAAAAAAUUAAAAAUAAACAUAGAUAUAUUAGGCUACUAAAAUAUAAUAUGAUAAGUGUGAAACGAAUGUACCGUAACAUAAUAAACCAAUUAAAAAAAAUAACCAAAGUCAAUAACGACCUCAACUUAGGAAAUAACCAAGAAGAUAUAAAAAAAAGGCUAAUAAUUACAAUUGCACUUAUCAUGGAAGAUUUCAUAAGAUUUGAUUCAUAUAUAGAUGUACAAGAUCAAACAACUCCAUUAUAUGACGGACGAAGCAGAUACACGAUAUCAGGAAUAGAUUUAACAAAGCAAAAUAUAUUCAUUGAAUAUACAAAUAUAUACAAGAAAAUAGAGAAAACACAAAAUAAACAAAUACCGGAUCUUCAAGAUGAAAAUACAAUAACUUCGAGUUCAUUUAUGUCUACUGCAUCAACAACGAUAAUCCAACAAGAAACAGAUGAAGAUGUUAUACCCGACAUGUUGUCACCAUCUAAUGUUAAUGCUAGAAACAUAAAAUCUAAUGGAAUUAAUAUUUCUCCUAAUAAACCUACCAUUACUGAUGAUAUCGAUUUAUCGGAUCUUCAAGAUGAAAAAACAAUAAGUACUAGUUCAUUGAUAUCGACUGCAUCAACAACGAUAAUCCAACAAGACACAGAUGAAGAUGUUAUACCCGAUAUAUUGUCACCAUCUAAUGAUAUUCCAAGAAACAUAAAAUCUAAUGGAAUUAAUAUUUCACCUAAUAAACCUAUAACAACUGAUGAUAUCGAUUUAUCGGAUCUUCAAGAUGAAAAUACAAUAACUUCGAGUUCAUUUAUGUCUACUGCAUCAACAACGAUAAUCCAACAAGACACAGAUGAAGAUGUUAUACCCGACAUGUUGUCUCCAUCCAAUGUUAAUGCUAGAAACAUAAAAUCUAAUGGAAUUAAUAUUUCACCCAACAAACCUAUAACAACUGAUGAUAUCGAUUUAUCGGAUCUUCAAGAUGAAAAUACAAUAAUUUCGAGUUCAUUUAUGUCAACUGCAUCGACCACGGUAAUCAGAGAAGAUACAGAUGAAGAUAUUAUACCCGACAAGUUGUCACCAUCUAAUGUUAAUGCUAGAAACAUAAAAUCUAAUGGAAUUAAUAUUUCACCUAACAAACCUAUAACAACUGAUGAUAUCGAUUUAUCGGAUCUUCAAGAUGAAAAUACAAUAACUUCGAGUUCAUUUAUGUCUACUGCAUCAACAACGAUAAUCCAACAAGACACAGAUGAAGAUGUUAUACCCGACAUGUUGUCACCAUCUAAUGAUAUUGAAAGAAACAUAAAAUCUAAUGGAAUUAAUAUUUCACCUAACAAACCUAUAACAACUGAUGAUAUCGAUUUAUCGGAUCUUCAAGAUGAAAAUACAAUAAUUUCGAGUUCAUUUAUGUCAACUGCAUCGAACACGGUAAUCCAAAAAGAUACAGAUGAAGAUGUUAUACCCGACAAGUUGUCACCAUCUAAUGUUAAUGCUAGAAAAAUAAAAUCUAAUAGAAUUAAUAUUUCUCCUAACAAACCUAUAACAACUGAUGAUAUCGAUUUAUCGGAUCUUCAAGAUGAAAAUACAAUAACUUCGAGUUCAUUUAUGUCUACUGCAUCAACAACGAUAAUCCAACAAGACACAGAUGAAGAUGUUAUACCCGACAUGUUGUCACCAUCUAAUGUUAAUGCUAGAAACAUAAAAUCUAAUGGAAUUAAUAUUUCACCUAAUAAACCUAUAACAACUGAUGAUAUCGAUUUAUCGGAUCUUCAAGAUGAAAAUACAAUAAUUUCAAGUUCAUUUAUGUCAACUGCAUCGACCACAGUAAUCAGAGAAGAUACAGAUGAAGAUAUUAUACCCGACAAGUUGUCACCAUCUAAUGUUAAUGCUAGAAACAUAAAAUCUAAUGGAAUUAAUAUUUCACCUAAUAAACCUAUAACAACUGAUGAUAUCGAUUUAUCGGAUCUUCAAGAUGAAAAUACAAUAACUUCGAGUUCAUUUAUGUCUACUGCAUCAACAACGAUAAUCCAACAAGAAACAGAUGAAGAUGUUAUACCCGACAUGUUGUCACCAUCUAAUGUUAAUGCUAGAAACAUAAAAUCUAAUGGAAUUAAUAUUUCUCCUAAUAAACCUACCAUUACUGAUGAUAUCGAUUUAUCGGAUCUUCAAGAUGAAAAAACAAUAAGUACUAGUUCAUUGAUAUCGACUGCAUCAACAACGAUAAUCCAACAAGACACAGAUGAAGAUGUUAUACCCGAUAUAUUGUCACCAUCUAAUGAUAUUCCAAGAAACAUAAAAUCUAAUGGAAUUAAUAUUUCACCUAAUAAACCUAUAACAACUGAUGAUAUCGAUUUAUCGGAUCUUCAAGAUGAAAAUACAAUAACUUCGAGUUCAUUUAUGUCUACUGCAUCAACAACGAUAAUCCAACAAGACACAGAUGAAGAUGUUAUACCCGACAUGUUGUCUCCAUCCAAUGUUAAUGCUAGAAACAUAAAAUCUAAUGGAAUUAAUAUUUCACCCAACAAACCUAUAACAACUGAUGAUAUCGAUUUAUCGGAUCUUCAAGAUGAAAAUACAAUAAUUUCGAGUUCAUUUAUGUCAACUGCAUCGACCACGGUAAUCAGAGAAGAUACAGAUGAAGAUAUUAUACCCGACAAGUUGUCACCAUCUAAUGUUAAUGCUAGAAACAUAAAAUCUAAUGGAAUUAAUAUUUCACCUAACAAACCUAUAACAACUGAUGAUAUCGAUUUAUCGGAUCUUCAAGAUGAAAAUACAAUAACUUCGAGUUCAUUUAUGUCUACUGCAUCAACAACGAUAAUCCAACAAGACACAGAUGAAGAUGUUAUACCCGACAUGUUGUCACCAUCUAAUGAUAUUGAAAGAAACAUAAAAUCUAAUGGAAUUAAUAUUUCACCUAACAAACCUAUAACAACUGAUGAUAUCGAUUUAUCGGAUCUUCAAGAUGAAAAUACAAUAAUUUCGAGUUCAUUUAUGUCAACUGCAUCGAACACGGUAAUCCAAAAAGAUACAGAUGAAGAUGUUAUACCCGACAUGUUGUCACCAUCUAAUGUUAAUGCUAGAAACAUAAAAUCUAAUGGAAUUAAUAUUUCACCUAUCAAGCCUAUAACAACUGAUGAUAUCGAUUUAUCGGAUCUUCAAGAUGAAAAUACAAUAAUUUCGAGUUCAUUUAUGUCAACUGCAUCGACCACGGUAAUCCAACAAGACACAGAUGAAGAUGUUGUACCCGACAUGUUGUCACCAUCUAAUGUUAAUGCUAGAAACGUAAAAUCUAAUGGAAUUAAUAUUUCUCCUAAUAAACCUACCAUUACUGAUGAUAUCGACUUAUCAGAUCUUCAAGAUGAAAAAACAAUAAGUACUAGUUCAUUGAUAUCGACUGCAUCAACAACGAUAAUCCAACAAGACACAGAUGAAGAUGUUAUACCCGAUAUAUUGUCACCAUCUAAUGAUAUUCCAAGAAACAUAAAAUCUAAUGGAAUUAAUAUUUCACCUAAUAAACCUAUAACAACUGAUGAUAUCGAUUUAUCGGAUCUUCAAGAUGAAAAUACAAUAAUUUCGAGUUCAUUUAUGUCAACUGCAUCGACCACAGUAAUCAGAGAAGAUACAGAUGAAGAUAUUAUACCUGACAAGUUGUCACCAUCUAAUGUUAAUGCUAGAAACAUAAAAUCUAAUGGAAUUAAUAUUUCACCUAACAAACCUAUAACAACUGAUGAUAUCGAUUUAUCGGAUCUUCAAGAUGAAAAUACAAUAACUUCGAGUUCAUUUAUGUCAACUGCAUCGAACACGCUAAUCCAAAAAGAUACAGAUGAAGAUGUUAUACCCGACAAGUUGUCACCAUCUAAUGUUAAUGCUAGAAACAUAAAAUCUAAUGGAAUUAAUAUUUCACCUAACAAACCUAUAAAAACUGAUGAUAUCGAUUUAUCGGAUCUUCAAGAUGAAAAUACAAUAAUUUCGAGUUCAUUUAUGUCAACUGCAUCGACCACGGUAAUCCAACAAGAUACAGAUGAAGAUGUUGUACCCGACAUGUUGUCACUAUCUAAUGUUAAUGCUAGAAACAUAAAAUCUAAUGGAAUUAAUAUUUCACCUAAUAAACCUAUAACAACUGAUGAUAUCGAUUUAUCGGAUCUUCAAGAUGAAAAUACAAUAACUUCGAGUUCAUUUAUGUCUACUGCAUCACCAACGAUAAUCCAACAAGACACAGAUGAAGAUGUUAUACCCGACAUGUUGUCACCAUCCAAUGUUAAUGCUAGAAACAUAAAAUCUAAUGGAAUUAAUAUUUCACCUAACAAACCUAUAACAACUGAUGAUAUCGAUUUAUCGGAUCUUCAAGAUGAAAAUACAAUAAUUUCGAGUUCAUUUAUGUCAACUGCAUCGACCACGGUAAUCAGAGAAGAUACAGAUGAAGAUAUUAUACCCGACAAGUUGUCACCAUCUAAUGUUAAUGCUAGAAACAUAAUAUCUAAUGGAAUUAAUAUUUCACCUAAUAAACCUAUAACAACUGAUGAUAUCGAUUUAUCGGAUCUUCAAGAUGAAAAUACAAUAAUUUCGAGUACAUUUAUGUCAACUGCAUCGACCACAGUAAUCCAACAAGACACAGAUGAAGAUGUUAUACCCGACAUGUUGUCACCAUCUAAUGUUAAUGCUAGAAACAUAAAAUCUAAUGGAAUUAAUAUUUCUCCUAAUAAACCUACCAUUACUGAUGAUAUCGACUUAUCAGAUCUUCAAGAUGAAAAAACAAUAAGUACUAGUUCAUUGAUAUCGACUGCAUCAACAACGAUAAUCCAACAAGACACAGAUGAAGAUGUUAUACCCGAUAUAUUGUCACCAUCUAAUGAUAUUGAAAGAAACAUAAAAUCUAAUGGAAUUAAUAUUUCACCUAAUAAACCUAUAACAACUGAUGAUAUCGAAUUAUCGGAUCUUCAAGAUGAAAAUACAAUAAUUUCGAGUUCAUUUAUUUCAACUGCAUCGACCACAGUAAUCAGAGAAGAUACAGAUGAAGAUAUUAUACCUGACAAGUUGUCACCAUCUAAUGUUAAUGCUAGAAACAUAAAAUCUAAUGGAAUUAAUAUUUCACCUAACAAACCUAUAACAACUGAUGAUAUCGAUUUAUCGGAUCUUCAAGAUGAAAAUACAAUAACUUCGAGUUCAUUUAUGUCUACUGCAUCAACAACGAUAAUCCAACAAGACACAGAUGAAGAUGUUAUACCCGACAUGUUGUCACCAUCUAAUGAUAUUGAAAGAAACAUAAAAUCUAAUGGAAUUAAUAUUUCACCUAAUAAACCUAUAACAACUGAUGAUAUCGAUUUAUCGGAUCUUCAAGAUGAAAAUACAAUAAUUUCGAGUUCAUUUAUGUCUACUGCAUCAACAACGAUAAUCCAACAAGACACAGAUGAAGAUGUUAUACCCGACAUGUUGUCACCAUCCAAUGUUAAUGCUAGAAACAUAAAAUCUAAUGGAAUUAAUAUUUCACCUAACAAACCUAUAACAACUGAUGAUAUCGAUUUAUCGGAUCUUCAAGAUGAAAAUACAAUAAUUUCGAGUUCAUUUAUGUCAACUGCAUCGACCACGGUAAUCAGAGAAGAUACAGAUGAAGAUAUUAUAUCCGACAAGUUGUCACCAUCUAAUGUUAAUGCUAGAAACAUAAUAUCUAAUGGAAUUAAUAUUUCACCUAAUAAACCUAUAACAACUGAUGAUAUCGAUUUAUCGGAUCUUCAAGAUGAAAAUACAAUAAUUUCGAGUACAUUUAUGUCAACUGCAUCGACCACAGUAAUCCAACAAGACACAGAUGAAGAUGUUAUACCCGACAUGUUGUCACCAUCUAAUGUUAAUGCUAGAAACGUAAAAUCUAAUGGAAUUAAUAUUUCUCCUAAUAAACCUACCAUUACUGAUGAUAUCGACUUAUCAGAUCUUCAAGAUGAAAAAACAAUAAGUACUAGUUCAUUGAUAUCGACUGCAUCAACAACGAUAAUCCAACAAGACACAGAUGAAGAUGUUAUACCCGAUAUAUUGUCACCAUCUAAUGAUAUUCCAAGAAACAUAAAAUCUAAUGGAAUUAAUAUUUCACCUAAUAAACCUAUAACAACUGAUGAUAUCGAUUUAUCGGAUCUUCAAGAUGAAAAUACAAUAACUUCGAGUUCAUUUAUGUCUACUGCAUCAACAACGAUAAUCCAACAAGACACAGAUGAAGAUGUUAUACCCGACAUGUUGUCACCAUCUAAUGUUAAUGCUAGAAACAUAAAAUCUAAUGGAAUUAAUAUUUCACCUAACAAACCUAUAACAACUGAUGAUAUCGAUUUAUCGGAUCUUCAAGAUAAAAAUACAAUAACUUCGAGUUCAUUUAUGUCUACUGCAUCAACAACGAUAAUCCAACAAGACACAGAUGAAGAUGUUAUACCCGACAUGUUGUCACCAUCUAAUGUUAAUGCUAGAAACAUAAAAUCUAAUGGAAUUAAUAUUUCACCUAACAAACCUAUAACAACUGAUGAUAUCGAUUUAUCGGAUCUUCAAGAUAAAAAUACAAUAACUUCGAGUUCAUUUAUGUCAACUGCAUCGACCACGGUAAUCCAACAAGACACAGAUGAAGAUAUUGUACCCGACAAGUUGUCACCAUCUAAUGUUAAUGCUAGAAACAUAAAAUCUAAUGGAAUUAAUAUUUCUCCUAAUAAACCUACCAUUACUGAUGAUAUCGAUUUAUCGGAUCUUCAAGAUGAAAAAACAAUAAGUACUAGUUCAUUUAUGUCUACUGCAUCAACAACGAUAAUCCAACAAGACACAGAUGAAGAUGUUAUACCCGACAUGUUGUCACCAUCUAAUGUUAAUGCUAGAAACAUAAAAUCUAAUGGAAUUAAUAUUUCACCUAACAAACCUAUAACAACUGAUGAUAUCGAUUUAUCGGAUCUUCAAGAUGAAAAUACAAUAAUUUCGAGUUCAUUUAUGUCAACUGCAUCGACCACGGUAAUCCAACAAGACACAGAUGAAGAUGUUUUACCCGACAUGUUGUCACCGUCUAAUGUUAAUUCUAGAAAUAUAAAUUCUAAUGGAAUUAAUAUUUCUCCUAAUAAACCUACUUUAACUGAUGAUAUCGAUUUAUCGGAUCUUCAAGAUGAAACUACAAUAACUUCGAGUUCAUUGAUAUCGACUGCAUCAACAACGAUAAUCCAACAAGACACAGAUGAAGAUGUUAUACCCGAUAUAUUGUCACCAUCUAAUGAUAUUGAAAGAAACAUAAAAUCUAAUGGAAUUAAUAUUUCACCUAAUAAACCUAUAACAACUGAUGAUAUCGAUUUAUCGGAUCUUCAAGAUGAAAAUACAAUAAUUUCGAGUUCAUUUAUUUCAACUGCAUCGACCACAGUAAUCAGAGAAGAUACAGAUGAAGAUAUUAUACCUGACAAGUUGUCACCAUCUAAUGUUAAUGCUAGAAACAUAAAAUCUAAUGGAAUUAAUAUUUCACCUAACAAACCUAUAACAACUGAUGAUAUCGAUUUAUCGGAUCUUCAAGAUGAAAAUACAAUAACUUCGAGUUCAUUUAUGUCUACUGCAUCAACAACGAUAAUCCAACAAGACACAGAUGAAGAUGUUAUACCCGACAUGUUGUCACCAUCUAAUGAUAUUGAAAGAAACAUAAAAUCUAAUGGAAUUAAUAUUUCACCUAAUAAACCUAUAACAACUGAUGAUAUCGAUUUAUCGGAUCUUCAAGAUGAAAAUACAAUAAUUUCGAGUUCAUUUAUGUCUACUGCAUCAACAACGAUAAUCCAACAAGACACAGAUGAAGAUGUUAUACCCGACAUGUUGUCACCAUCCAAUGUUAAUGCUAGAAACAUAAAAUCUAAUGGAAUUAAUAUUUCACCUAACAAACCUAUAACAACUGAUGAUAUCGAUUUAUCGGAUCUUCAAGAUGAAAAUACAAUAAUUUCGAGUUCAUUUAUGUCAACUGCAUCGACCACGGUAAUCAGAGAAGAUACAGAUGAAGAUAUUAUAUCCGACAAGUUGUCACCAUCUAAUGUUAAUGCUAGAAACAUAAUAUCUAAUGGAAUUAAUAUUUCACCUAAUAAACCUAUAACAACUGAUGAUAUCGAUUUAUCGGAUCUUCAAGAUGAAAAUACAAUAAUUUCGAGUACAUUUAUGUCAACUGCAUCGACCACAGUAAUCCAACAAGACACAGAUGAAGAUGUUAUACCCGACAUGUUGUCACCAUCUAAUGUUAAUGCUAGAAACGUAAAAUCUAAUGGAAUUAAUAUUUCUCCUAAUAAACCUACCAUUACUGAUGAUAUCGACUUAUCAGAUCUUCAAGAUGAAAAAACAAUAAGUACUAGUUCAUUGAUAUCGACUGCAUCAACAACGAUAAUCCAACAAGACACAGAUGAAGAUGUUAUACCCGAUAUAUUGUCACCAUCUAAUGAUAUUCCAAGAAACAUAAAAUCUAAUGGAAUUAAUAUUUCACCUAAUAAACCUAUAACAACUGAUGAUAUCGAUUUAUCGGAUCUUCAAGAUGAAAAUACAAUAACUUCGAGUUCAUUUAUGUCUACUGCAUCAACAACGAUAAUCCAACAAGACACAGAUGAAGAUGUUAUACCCGACAUGUUGUCACCAUCUAAUGUUAAUGCUAGAAACAUAAAAUCUAAUGGAAUUAAUAUUUCACCUAACAAACCUAUAACAACUGAUGAUAUCGAUUUAUCGGAUCUUCAAGAUAAAAAUACAAUAACUUCGAGUUCAUUUAUGUCUACUGCAUCAACAACGAUAAUCCAACAAGACACAGAUGAAGAUGUUAUACCCGACAUGUUGUCACCAUCUAAUGUUAAUGCUAGAAACAUAAAAUCUAAUGGAAUUAAUAUUUCACCUAACAAACCUAUAACAACUGAUGAUAUCGAUUUAUCGGAUCUUCAAGAUAAAAAUACAAUAACUUCGAGUUCAUUUAUGUCAACUGCAUCGACCACGGUAAUCCAACAAGACACAGAUGAAGAUAUUGUACCCGACAAGUUGUCACCAUCUAAUGUUAAUGCUAGAAACAUAAAAUCUAAUGGAAUUAAUAUUUCACCUAACAAACCUAUAACAACUGAUGAUAUCGAUUUAUCGGAUCUUCAAGAUGAAAAUACAAUAAUUUCGAGUUCAUUUAUGUCAACUGCAUCGACCACGGUAAUCCAACAAGACACAGAUGAAGAUGUUUUACCCGACAUGUUGUCACCGUCUAAUGUUAAUUCUAGAAAUAUAAAUUCUAAUGGAAUUAAUAUUUCUCCUAAUAAACCUACUUUAACUGAUGAUAUCGAUUUAUCGGAUCUUCAAGAUGAAAAUACAAUAACUUCGAGUUCAUUUAUGUCUACUGCAUCAACAACGAUAAUCCAACAAGACACAGAUGAAGAUGUUAUACCCGACAUGUUGUCACCAUCUAAUGAUAUUGAAAGAAACAUAAAAUCUAAUGGAAUUAAUAUUUCACCUAACAAACCUAUAACAACUGAUGAUAUCGAUUUAUCGGAUCUUCAAGAUGAAAAUACAAUAAUUUCGAGUUCAUUUAUGUCAACUGCAUCGAACACGGUAAUCCAAAAAGAUACAGAUGAAGAUGUUAUACCCGACAAGUUGUCACCAUCUAAUGUUAAUGCUAGAAAAAUAAAAUCUAAUAGAAUUAAUAUUUCUCCUAACAAACCUAUAACAACUGAUGAUAUCGAUUUAUCGGAUCUUCAAGAUGAAAAUACAAUAACUUCGAGUUCAUUUAUGUCUACUGCAUCAACAACGAUAAUCCAACAAGACACAGAUGAAGAUGUUAUACCCGACAUGUUGUCACCAUCUAAUGUUAAUGCUAGAAACAUAAAAUCUAAUGGAAUUAAUAUUUCACCUAACAAACCUAUAAAAACUGAUGAUAUCGAUUUAUCGGAUCUUCAAGAUGAAACUACAAUAACUUCGAGUUCAUUUAUGUCAACUGCAUCGACCACGGUAAUCCAACAAGACACAGAUGAAGAUAUUGUACCCGACAAGUUGUCACCAACUAAUGUUAAUGCUAGAAACAUAAAAUCUAAUGGAAUUAAUAUUUCACCUAACAAACCUAUAACAACUGAUGAUAUCGAUUUAUCGGAUCUUCAAGAUGAAAAUACAAUAAUUUCGAGUUCAUUUAUGUCAACUGCAUCGACCACGGUAAUCCAACAAGACACAGAUGAAGAUGUUAUACCCGACAUGUUGUCACCAUCUAAUGUUAAUGCUAGAAACAUAAAAUCUAAUGGAAUUAAUAUUUCACCUAACAAACCUAUAAAAACUGAUGAUAUCGAUUUAUCGGAUCUUCAAGAUGAAAAUACAAUAAUUUCGAGUUCAUAUAUGUCAACUGCAUCGACCACGGUAAUCCAACAAGACACAGAUGAAGAUGUUUUACCCGGCAUGUUGUCACCGUCUAAUGUUAAUUCUAGAAAUAUAAAUUCUAAUGGAAUUAAUAUUUCUCCUAAUAAACCUACUUUAACUGAUGAUAUCGAUUUAUCGGAUCUUCAAGAUGAAACUACAAUAACUUCGAGUUCAUUUAUGUCAACUGCAUCGACCACGGUAAUCCAACAAGACACAGAUGAAGAUGUUAUACCCGACAUGUUGUCACCAUCUAAUGUUAAUGCUAGAAACAUAAAAUCUAAUGGAAUUAAUAUUUCACCCAACAAACCUAUAACAACUGAUGAUAUCGAUUUAUCGGAUCUUCAAGAUGAAAAUACAAUAACUUCGAGUUCAUUUAUGUCUACUGCAUCAACAACGAUAAUCCAACAAGACACAGAUGAAGAUGUUAUACCCGACAUGUUGUCACCAUCUAAUGUUAAUGCUAGAAACAUAAAAUCUAAUGGAAUUAAUAUUUCACCCAACAAACCUAUAACAACUGAUGAUAUCGAUUUAUCGGAUCUUCAAGAUGAAAAUACAAUAACUUCGAGUUCAUUUAUGUCUACUGCAUCAACAACGAUAAUCCAACAAGACACAGAUGAAGAUGUUAUACCCGACAUGUUGUCAUCAUCUAAUGUUAAUGCUAGGAAUAUAAAAUCUAAAGGAAUAAAUAUGGCUCCUAAUAAUCCUACCAUAGCUGAUGAUAUUGAUUUAUUUGAUCUUCAAGAUGAAAAUACAAUAACUUCGAGUUCAUUUAUGUCAACUGCAUCAACCACGAUAAUCCAAAAAGAUACAGAUGAAGAUGUUUUACCCGACAUGUUGUCACCGUCUAAUGUUAAUUCUAGAAUUAUAAAUUCUAAUGGAAUAAAUAUUUCUCCUAAUAAACCUACUUUAACUGAUGAUAUUGAUUUAUCGGAUCUUCAAGAUGAAAAAACGAUAAGUACUAGUUCAUUUAUGUCAACUGCAUCAACAACGAUAAUCCAACAAGACACAGAUGAAGAUGUUAUACCCGACAUGUUGUCACCAUCGAAUGUUUAUGCUAGAAAUAUAAAUUCUAAUGGAAUAAAUAUUUAUCCCAAUAAACCUACAACCACUGAUGAUAUCGAUUUAUUUGAUCUUCAAGAUGAAAAUACAAUGACUUCGAGUUCAUUUAUGUCAACUGCAUCAACCACGAUAAUCCAAAAAGAUACAGAUGAAGAUGUUAUACCCGACAUGUUGUCACCAUCUAAUGUUAAUGCUAGAAACAUAAAAUCUAAUGGAAUUAAUAUUUCACCUAAUAAACCUACUACCACUGAUGAUAUUGAUUUAUUUGAUCUUCAAGAUGAAAAUACAAUAACUUCGAGUUCAUUUAUGUCAACUGCAUCAACCACGAUAAUCCAAAAAGAUACAGAUGAAGAUGUUAUACCCGACAAGUUGUCAUCAUCUAAUGUUAAUGCUAGAAAUAUAAAAUCUAAUGGAAUAAAUAUGACUCCUAAUAAUCCUACCAUAGCUGAUGAUAUUGAUUUAUUUGAUCUUCAAGAUGAAGAUACAAUAACUUCGAGUUCAUUUAUGUCAACUUCAUUGACCACGGUAAUCCGAGAAGAUACAGAUUAAGAUGUUAUACCCGACAUGUUGUCACCAUCUUAUGUUAAUGCUAGAAACAUAAAAUCCAAUGAUAUAAAUAUUUCUCCUAAUAUACCUACUUUAACUGAUGAUAUGAUUGAAUGAUUAAGAGUUAGUAUCGGAUUGUUUACCGGAUGUUAUUUCUCUAUCUUAUGUAUAUUCCAAAAAAAUAAUACGUAACGGAAUAGUUAUACCACCAAAUAAGUCUAGUUGACUUGAUUUUAUAAUAUUUAGUACAUUGGUAGCUAUUUGUAUUUCGUAUUUAAAGUUAACUUUUAAAUUUUUGUUAUGUUUUUAUAAUUUUUUUUUUUUGUUAUUAUGCAAUAUUUUUUUUUUUAUUAGUUAUUUUGACGUACAUUUUUAUUUUUUAAAAUUGUAUUGUUAUUUUAUGUUUUUUUAUUGAUUAUUAUAUAUUUUAUUUUCUCCUAAUAGUAUUUUUUUUUUUUUUUUUUGGUUUUUAAUAUUAUCAUAUCAUAUCUAUUUUUCUUAUAUUGUCUUAGAAUUAUAAUGAUGUUAAUUUAUAUUUUUAUUCACAUAUUUUUUAUGGAUUAAAUUUUUUUUUUGUCUGUUAUUUUAUGCUUAAUUUUUUUGUUGAUUUUAUGUUGUUUUCUUCUUUGCUUUCAUAGCUACAUAUUUAAUUUAUUUUAAAUUUUAUUUCAAUCAAGUAUGUUUUUUUAUUUUGUGUUUUUAUUAUUUUUACCAAUUUCAUCCAUUAUUAAUGAUUAUAAAUAUCUUUUACUUUUAUUUUUUGAUUUUUAAAUAAUUUUUUAAAUUUUUAUUAUAAUAAAUUGUAUAUUUUAGUUUUGAAUUAUUAUUUGAAAUUUGAUUGCUUUAUUUUGUUAAGUACAUUUUUUUUUUGUAGAUUCGUAUAAUAAUUUUGUUUCAAAUCUUGUUUAUGUAAUAAGUGGUUAUUUGAUAUUUUUUAUUUAAAUCAAUUUGAAUGCUUUUAUUUUUAUGUUUAGUUCAAGUUAUUCCCAUGUUAAUUGCAAUAAAUUACAAUUUUUAAUAAUCGUA